AUGGCUUAUGAAGAUAAGUUGGUUGCGCCAGCUUUGAAAUUAAGGAAUUUCUUAGAUAAAAUUCCCAAUAUUCACAAUGUGUACUUCAUUGCUGCUAUCUCAUGUAUAUCGGGAAUGAUGUUCGGUUUUGAUAUUACGUCGAUGUCGGCCUUUCUUGAUACUGAACAAUAUUUGGACUUUUUCGAUUCACCUAGCUCCGCAAUGCAAGGUUUCAUUACUGCAUCUAUGUCAUUUGGUUCCUUCUGGGGUUCCUUGGCAAGUACUUUCGUUUCAGAGCCUUUUGGCAGGCGAGCAUCUUUACUUUUAUGUGCAUGCUUUUGGAUGAUAGGUGCUGCCAUACAAUCAUCAGUUCAGAAUAGGGCACAAUUGAUUAUUGGCCGUAUGAUUUCAGGUUUUGGUGUCGGUUUCGGUUCUUCAGUAGCGCCAGUUUAUGGUUCAGAGUUGGCUCCAAGAAAGAUCAGAGGUAUGAUAGGUGGAUUCUUCCAAUUUUCCGUUACAUUAGGUAUAUUAAUUAUGUUUUUCAUCUCCUAUGGAUUGCAGUUUAUGAGAAACACAGCAUCUUUUAGAAUUGCAUGGGCCAUUCAAAUAGUUCCAGGUUUAUUCUUAUUUCUUGGGUGUUUCAUUAUUCCCGAAUCCCCAAGGUGGUUAGCGAAGCAAGGUUAUUGGGAGGAAGCUGAGACAAUUGUCGCAAAUAUCCAAGCAAAAGGUAACAGAGAAGAUCCUGAUGUUUUGAUUGAAAUUUCCGAAAUUAAAGAACAAAUUUUGGUAGAUGAGAACAUUAAGGCAUUUACCUAUGCUGAUUUAUUCAAGAAGAAGUACAUUAAAAGAACAUUUACCGCUGUUUCCGCUCAAAUAUGGCAACAGCUAACUGGUAUGAAUGUAAUGAUGUAUUAUAUUACGCUCAUUUUCAAAAUGGCUGGGUACUCAGGGGAUUCCAACUUACUUGCAUCCGCUAUUCAAUAUAUUUUGAACACUGUUACGACUAUUCCAGCUUUAUACUUGAUGGAUAAAGUAGGUAGAAGGCCCGUGUUAUUGACAGGUGCUGCUAUGAUGAUGGCAUGGCAAUUUGCUGUAGCAGGUUUGUUAAGUACUUAUGCCGAGGUGGACUCUGAUGGUUCUAUCCUGAUUCCUAAAAGCGAUAAGCCAGCUGCUAAGGGGGUUAUUGCAUGUUGCUACUUGUUUGUCGUUUCGUUUGCUUCUUCUUGGGGUGUAUGUAUAUGGCUUUACUGUGCCGAAAUUUGGGGCGAUAAUGCAUCUCGUCAAAGAGGUGCAGCCCUUGCAACUGCAGCCAAUUGGAUAUUCAACUUUGCCAUUGCCAUGUUUACACCAUCUUCAUUUGCUAAUAUUUCCUGGAAGACUUACUGCAUCUACGCUACUUUCUGUGGUUGUAUGUUUAUUCACACUUACUUUGGAUUCCUUGAGACCAAAGGUAAACGCUUGGAAGAAAUCGACCAAAUGUGGGUAGAAGGUGUCUUACCAUGGAAGAGUGGAUCUUGGACACCAAGAGUUCCAUUAUUAUCAGAUGCUGAAUUAGGUGAUAAAUUGAGAGUCGAGCAUCGUGAAGGUGGCGAUGAUGAAAAAUUAAUAGAAUCUGCGCCAUCUCAUUCUACAGAAGAGAAGUAA